AGGUGAUUUCCUGUUGGUUUCCCGGCAGCCUUUUGCAACAGCCCAGCAGGAACUGGGUGGUCAUGGGGGGCUGGAACACAAACUGUCUGGGGCUCCACGCACCCUGCAGCAGCGCCGAGCCGUGGGUCCUGCAUGCAACAGAGCAGAGCCUUCUCCGACCCUGCGCUCUCCCCCUAGCAGACGCCCGUGCCCUGUACUGCUGCACUCAGCGGCUGAGCUCAGCCGGUUGCAGAGGACCGGGUCCAUCCCCGCUCGUGGCUGGACCCCCGGAGCUUCCUGCACAUGGAGCACCUCGGCCUGGGCUGGGUGCUGCUGGCCAGCACCCUGUUUGGCACCGCAGCCACUUGCAGCAGGCGAGAUGUCCAUGGUAUCACAGAGAAGGUGAUGGACAUGGCCUGGGACUCCUUUGAUGACCAGUACCAGGACUGCAGCCACAUGAUGGAGGAGAAGCUGAAAACGGUGAACCGCACUGAGUUCAAAAACAAGGUGUAUGCAGACACCUGGAGAGAAGCAGCCGAGUACUGGCAGAAGCAGUGGGGCAACUCCAACCGCCCGCAGGUGCUGCCGCAGGAGCAGGCGGUGGCCGUGCUGGCGUACACUGACAGUGGAGACCUGUCCAACCAGCUCAACAAAGCUACGCUUGAGGGUGGGCGCUCCCAUAAACACUACUUCCAGUCCUUCCCCUUCAAGAUGCUGCAUUUCCUCCUGACCGAGGCUGUGCACACCCUGCAGAAGACCCAGAGCCCCAAAUGCAACAGUGUCUACCGCGGCAUCAAGGGCAUCCGCUUUACGGCACAGCUCAAGGAGACCGUCCGCUUCGGCCACUUCGCCUCCACCUCCCUCGAGAGGAAGGUUGCUGAGUCCUUUGGCACUGACACCUUCUUCUUUGUGAAAACCUGCUACGGUGUUUCCAUCAGGAGCUUCUCUUUCCGCCCAUAUCAGGAGGAAGUCCUCAUCCCACCCUAUGAGGUCUUCAAGGUCACCAAUGUCAUCCAUCACACAGAUGGAACCCACAUCCAUCUCGACUCCCAUUCCACGCACAGCAACUACAACUGUGCGCUGCUGAAUGAGAAAAGGUGCAAGGCCCAGCCGUGUGUUUUCAGCGCAGGCACGAGCAGUCCCAGGGAACCCCCACACCUCUGGAGUCUCCUCUUGGCAGCCGCAGCCCUGGCAGCCGUGGGAUGCCUCUAACCCAGCUAUGCUGCUGCUGCACCUCCGCAAGGAAAACGGAGCAGAAACGUGAGAACACAUUUAAUGGACACUGUGGGAUUACGCUUUUGUGAGGAAUGUUUUAACAAUUCAUGUCCAUAAAGAACAAUUCUGUUUGAAUCCUGUCUGCCUCUGGGCCCUGCACUGGCAAUUUAAUUCUUGAACCACAGAUGCAGUGUGUCCCAGUCUC